AUGGUGGAAACAAGUAAAGGUCCGAGUAACACCAUGUCUUCAACUACAUCUAGUACGGCAGCGAAAGCAGAUAAAAAAGCGGCUUCUUCAUAUGGCAAGGCAAGCAGGCAUCAUCCAGUCGUGCUCGUUGAAGGCAAAGUACGAAAAAAAUGCGAAGCCGUAGAACGCGAUACGAUUUCUCUCAAGGAAAAACUCAGUAAAUUCAUUUAUUUUUGCUAUUUUUCAAUGACGCAAUGGCUACUCAUUAAAGUAGUUAUUUCUUACUCCCACCUAUAAAAUUUUAAAAGCCUUCAGGACGAGGAGGUGGAUAAUACAAAGUUGAUAACAAAUCGAAUAGAUUUUGACCAGCAGGACCUGGACCUGUGUUUAUAUAAUAUUUAUAAAAACAUACGCGACCACCUACUAGUCGUGGUCCGGAGAGGCUUCGAGGCCGCACGAAGCGAGCAUCAGGGCGAGAUCGAGCGGCUCGACCGUCAAAGUACUGAAAUUGCACGACAAACGGAGACAUGUGUAGAAGAAACCCGGUUGGCGACUGCGACACGAGACGAGCAAACGCAGGCGAUGAGCAGCUUGCUGAGCGACUUCAGACGACUAGAAGCUCGGCGAUCGGCACUGAGUCAACAAGUGGCAACGACGGAAGCGAGUAUACUCACUCUCAAAGGACAGAUCGAAGAGGCUAAUGCAGCUUUGAGAGAUCUCGACGAGAAUUGCGCGCAGGAGCAGGAGAGUGGUGCGGGUAGGUCAACUCCUUGACUUUCUGUUUCAUAGAUGACCUUGACGGCGAAUCGCCUUUGAGUUUUUGAUUUCACAAAUGGGCACGCCUGUCUAGUCCUAGACGAGGGACCCGCUCGACCUAAAAAGCAGCGUCGUUGAUAUUUCGCUACAAAGAAACAUCAUACAGAGCACUUACUUAGAUCCAUAAUCAUACUUAUAAUUAUAAUACCCACUAAGUAGUACAACUGGCUCAUCAUUUUGUCACAUCAACCAUACCAGAUAGAAUGGAAGAUCAAGUAGAUAAGUUUUCUGCAGGUCGUUUUUUCACCUUCUCAAACAGCAAACGACUAUCAUGCAGUGACAAGCGUUGAUUCAGUGCAAGAGUACCGACGGGAGGCUGAGCUGGGUUUUUCCCGCUCUACAGCUCAGAUCGCGGUAGAGCGUCAGCAACUUGAAGAUGCCAUCACUGCAGCACGCGGAAAACUCAAAAAUUUUAUGGACCACAAUAAUGAAGGAGGAGGAUCAUGACCAUAUUACUUAGAGGUUGUUAGUAGAGAUUAAAUGAUAAAGGGCUGUAGCUGUACAGUUCCGUCCGCAGAAGUAGAAGUCGGACGGUUGCUUUUUGUCUGAGUGAUGAAUAAGAACUUCAAGAACAGUAGUUAUGAUACCGCUCCUUUGUGAUUCUCGUGAGAUAAAUGGAGAAGUUUUGUGCUGUUGUGUCCCCGAAGAUCAAGAUUACUAGACAGAAGAUGAGCAGUAGGAGAUGAAAAUUUCUUUACUCCGUUCAUGUCGUUGAGCAAUUUGGUCUACACGGAGCGUGGGGAGCUGGAAGCAAAGCGAGGGCGAUAUGACAGAACGAUACGGGAAGCGCUAGCAGAGCAUGCGCAUAGAAUGGAAGCACACAGUCACGAGAAAACGGUGCUUAACGCGAAGUUGUUGCAGAUCCAAGGCUUGAACGAAAAACUGGAGGCCCGCCUUGCACAGGGACUGUACUAGAAGUCGUGGAACAGAAACAGUGUCGCUUAAUGAUAAAGAUAUUUGCUAGGUACUUAUGAAAAAGGUAUAAGUAUUAAUUUAGUCGUCGGGCAGAUGAACAAGACGAACAGGUGUGGCGACGUGACAACUAGAGCUACCAUGCUAGUUGUGGAGCGCGACUGGCGUCAAGCAUGUGGCCACCAAGACCUUUUCUGCUUGCAAAUUCCGAUUGCGGAAAGUUCGUCCUUGCUGCACCGAGGAACAGGAGAAAGUCCGAGCAAGGUCUGCUGAUUGUUGUUAUGAGUCAGCCGUGACGUCAAGAUCAACACCAAUUAAGUACUUAGAACUGCGAUAACGAUCCUUAGACAUCUCUGCAGUUGCAGUUGUUCCUUCAGCAGUGUCUAGAUCGAUGAUGCGCGUGGGCGAAUCUAGAAAAUGAUAAUUAAGCGAGUCUUUAUUCUACUCAUACUUUAUUUUCUGAUCCUUGCUGGCAAGUUU